CUCUCUCUCUCUCUCUCUCUCCUCUUCCUUUAUAAUGAGAGAAGGAGAGUGCUUCGUACGCAUGAUACCCCUGCUCCACCUCUUUCAAUACUACUGUAUGAAACAGAGUCAUAAAUAGAAAGAGAAGAGAGAGAGAGAGAGAGAGAGGAUCAAAUUGUGUAGUAACAACUCCCAAAUGGAUCAAUUGAAACCAAACCAAUCAAAUUCAUGUCCACUGACUCCAAUCACCUUCUUAGAAAGAGCCGCCACCGUCUACGGCGACUGCCCUUCCCUCGUUCACAACUCCACCGUUUACACCUGGUCCCAGACCCACCGCCGCUGCCUCCAACUCGCGUCCUCGAUUGCCACCGUGUGCGGCGUCAAGAGGGGUCACGUCGUCUCCGUCGUGGCCCCCAACACUCCCGCCAUGUACGAGCUCCACUUCGCCGUCCCAAUGUCCGGCGCCAUACUCAACGCCAUCAACACCCGCCUCGACUCCCACACCCUCUCCGUCCUCCUCCGUCACGGCGAAUCCAAACUCGUCUUCGUCGACCACCAGUUCAAACCCCUCGUCCAAGACGCGCUCGCCCUGUUCCCGCCAAAUACCCAAACACCCAAGGUCGUCCUCAUCACCAACGACGCACCUGCACAUACACUCACCUUGUCGUCUGAUCAGAAAACGUACGAAGACUUAAUUACGAGCGGUAAUUCAAAAUUUAAUUGGGUCCGCCCUCGUAACGAGUGGGACCCCAUCACUUUGAAUUACACGUCGGGGACCACUUCUGCUCCCAAAGGGGUAGUCCACUCCCAUCGUGCCCUCUUCGUCAUGACGCUCGACGCACUCAUCGAUUGGUCAGUUCCUAAACAGCCCGUUUAUUUGUGGACCCUACCGAUGUUCCACUCGAACGGGUGGUGCUUCACAUGGGGUAUGGCAGCGGUCGGAGGUACUAACGUGUGCCUCCGAAAAGUGGACCCACGUACGGUCUACGCAGCCAUACGGGAUAACCAGGUCACCCAUAUGUGCGGAGCACCCGUGAUUCUCAACAUGCUGUCCAAUUUCUCGAUGAAAGAACCGCUCAAAAACCCUGUUCAUUUCCUCACUGGUGGAGCUCCGCCUCCUGCCGCAGUUCUACUCCGGACCGAAUCGCUCGGUUUCGUCGUUAGUCACGGGUAUGGAUUGACGGAGGUGGCAGGGGUGGUGGUUUCGUGCGCGUGGAAGCGUGAAUGGAACCGGCUUCCCGCCACGGAUCGGGCGCGGCUAAAGGCGAGGCAGGGCGUUCGAACGCUUGGGUUAACCGAGGUCGAUGUGGUGGAUCCAGUGACCGGUUCGAGCGUGAACAGGGACGGAUCCACCCUCGGCGAAAUUGUUUUGCGAGGAGGCAGCCUAAUGCUGGGCUACUUAAAAAACCCGGAAGCGACGUCGCAUUGCAUGAGGGACAACGGGUGGUUCUACACGGGAGACGUGGGGGUCAUCCACGCCGACGGCUACUUGGAAAUCAAAGACAGGUCCAAGGACGUCAUCAUAACAGGCGGGGAGAACGUGAGCAGCGUCGAGGUGGAGUCGGUGCUGUACUCGCACCCGGCGGUGAACGAGGCAGCGGUGGUGGCGAGGCCGGACGAGUUCUGGGGGGAGACGCCGUGCGCUUUCGUGAGCCUGAAGAAGGCAGCGGUCGCAGCCGCGGCGGGGGAGAAGGAGGUGAUUGAGUUUUGCAGGGGGAGGUUGCCGCAUUACAUGGUGCCGAAGACGGUGGUGUUCAAGGAGGAGCUGCCGAAGACGGCGACGGGGAAGAUCCAGAAGACGAGGUUGAGAGAGAGUGCCAAGGCUUUGGGAUCGUUGCCAGCGAGUCGACUCUAAGUCAACUCGAGAUGAACCCAUGUACACUGAACGGCUGCGUCUUAUGAAUCUAUGUACACCGAACGGCUACGGACGUAGUUGUGGUCGAAAAAAAGGUGUGGUAUUUUAUGUCUAAGGAUUUUUCAUGUUAUAGGGGGAAAAAUAAAAAAAUAAAAACUUUAUACACCAGAUACAGAAGUUAUUGAGGGUUUUUUUUUUUGGGGGGGUUUUUUUUUUUGUGUAAAUUAAAAAGUGUGAUGGAUUGGUAAGCAAAAGAGGGAAGAGUGUGAUACAGGAUGUGGGUUUCUUGUACCGAUUGUUUUUAGUUCGGAAUAUGGAGAAUUAAAAUUUAUUGUAUUUCGAUGUGAAUAAGUGUGGAUUAUUGAAUAUGAAACUAUGAAUGAAAUAAGGAGUUUAAGAAUAGAAGGA